AUGGUAUGGGGACAAGCAUCCGGAUGUGGAAAGGUCAUAUUAGAAAAUGCUCCACAAAAUGAUACUUUGACUUGCCCUAUGAUCCAAAAGGAUAUUAUUAAUGUUUGUGCAAAAGAAAAAAUAAAGGCUAUAAUUGGAGACAUAAAUGGAGAUUACUUUGGUAUAUUAGUUGAUGAGUCUAAAGAUAUCUCACACACAGAACAGAUGGCUCUUGUUUUGCGUUAUGUUGAUAAGAAUGGUAAAGUAGUAGAGAAAUUUGUUGGUCUUGUCCAUUUGCAAUUAACACUUGUAGCUAUUGCUAAAAAGUAUUUUGAUGUUGAAGACAUCUUUUGCCAUGUUACUAACUUGUUGAAUGUCAUUGGAGGAUCUUUUAAGCACAGAGAUUUGCUUCGACAUUUUCAAGCUGAAAAGUUGGAGCAAUUACUUGAGUCCGGUGAAGUUCAUAUUGGGCGAGGACUAAAUCAAGAACGCGGGCUUCAAAGACCAGGUGAUACUCGUUGGGGAUCACAUUUGAAAAUAUUGGAUAACUUUAUUGUUAUUUUCUCAUCUAUUGUUCGUGUGCUUGAAGUGAUUAAAUAUGAAGGUUCUACCUCAAAUGAGAGAAAUCAAGCAAACUAUCUUUUGAGUGAGAUGACAACAUUCAAAUUUGUUUUUAUGCUUCACUUGAUGUUGAAAGUUUUGGCAAUGUCAAAUGAGUUGAAAAAGAUCCUACAAAAGAGGGAUCAAGAUAUUAUGAAUGUCGUGGAGUUUCUUAACAUCACAAAGAAAAGAUUGCAAGAUAUGAGAGAAAGUGGAUGGAAAUCUUUACUAGAUGAUGUUUCCUCAUUUUGUGUUAUGCAUGACAUUUUGAUUCCCAAGAUGGAUCUUCAAGAGCUUAAUGACCAUUUUGAUGUAGUGAGUAGCGAUUUGCUUCUCGGGAUGGCUAGCUUGAAUCCGGUUAAAUCUUUUGCUAAUUUUGAUAAAGGUAGAAUAAUGACUUUAGGAAACUGCUACCCAAAUGAGUUUGAUGAAGUACAGAUUCGAGACUUGAGUUAUCAACUUGAUACUUUUAUAGUGCUGUUGACUCUCAUUUUGCCUGUUGCUACCGCAACUGUGGAGAGAGCAUUCUCAUCCAUGAAGCAGAUAAAGAAUGAAGAACGGAAUAGCAUGGGUGACCAAUAUUUAAAUGAUUGUUUAGUUUGUUACAUAGAGCGUGAUAUAUUCACAAAU